AUGGACUUGGCUGAUUGGUUGCUUGGUCCCGGAGGCAGGACGAAGGUACCUACAUCGUACAUGCCUACAGGCUACAGAGGUGUGCAUAGCAGAAAGAACGGCGAGAUCCCAAAGCAAGGCAAGGCAAAGCAAGGCCAUACCCGGCCAGAGCGGGCCAAGGGGACCUCCUCUUGUUACUCUCCAGGCAAGCAGGAAGGGACGUCGCACGGUGCGGCAGACGAGAGAGAGAAGGAUAGCACCCACCAGCACCCGCCAACAAGUACUGGCACUACACUAUACUACCUAUCCCGGACCGGCCCCGAAAAGGAAAACGGUUUCUUGGCUGUCUUUCAUGACACGAUGGUCCAGGCGAAGAUCCGUCAACGUCGCCAGUCUGUUAGAGCAGCCCGUCUUUGCGCAAAGACUUACACGCCCCAUGAUCGAAACACCAUUGUAUCCACUGUCUACUUUCAGGUACUCUCACCACCCACAAUUACCAAUCUCAAUUCUCCAGAGCAUGUGCAGGACACAGCGAAGAAGGAGUCUCGACCUCCCGUGUAA